AUGCCCGCAGCCAUCAACAUAAUCAAAGCUUCUGUCGGCACAGCCUUCGGCCUGGCUGGUAUAUAUACCGUGUUCGUCUCGCUUCUUACAGUUCCAACACUUCAAGACCAUGUCAUUUUCUUGCAUCGAGUCAUCCGUACCUGGGGCCAGGACAUCAACAUACCCGAGCAAUGGGGAUUCCUACGCAAUCAAGUCACACCUUUCCAUCUCAAGACGCCAGAUGGCGAGACGCUACAUGCAUGGCAUAUACUGCCACUAGAGACAUACCGCCGACACCAAACCCAGCUCCGUGCGGAACCGACCGGCCUGUGCACAAACAUCCAAGAAAGACUUUCUUUCAAGUUGCUUAAAGAAAAUCCUGACUCACAAGUAGUCAUCUAUCUACACGGUGCUGCGGGUACACUGGGGUCAGGAUGGAGACCGCAAAGUUACAGAGCUCUUAGUGCAACUUCCACAAACGUUCACGUGAUCGCUAUCGACUACCGUGGGUUUGGCACCAGCACAGGAUGGCCUUCAGAAGCUGGUUUACUCACAGACGCCCUCGCUUUGGUCGACUUUGCGACCAAAACUGCGGGCAUACCCACAGAGAGGAUAGCUGUAUUUGCUCAGUCGAUGGGAACUGCUGUAGCAAUAUCGCUCACGCACCACUUGGCGCUGAAGUCUCCCCCAGUGACUCUCGCGGGGGUUAUACUCGUCGCGCCAUUUGCCGAUGUAGAGUCGCUUACAAAGACUUAUAAAGUCGUUCGCACCAUUCCGCUCCUCUCUCCUCUCGCACCGUUCCCUCCAGUCAUGAGACUUCUCCAUAGCUUCAUCAGAACGAAGUUCCCUUCUAAAGAAAAGCUUGCCUCUCUCAUCCACCAUCUCGAUAGCGCUGAAUCGAAGAGCAACCAGUGUAUGUAUGAUAUCACGCUCAUACACGCUGAGGACGAUUUUGAUAUACCGUGGAGCCACUCAGACGUCUUGUUUUGGCAUGCAGUCAACGCAACGCUUGAGUCGCCUUCCUACCUUACGUUUAAAGACCUAGAAAAGAUCAAGGCCAAAGAUAAGACGCCACUUGGUGCAGGGGGUUGGGAGUCGGAAUGGAAAGGGAAGAGGGGGAUCAUACGAGAGCAAGUCGUCAAACAUGGUUCGCAUGAUCUUAUUAUGAGCUAUCCGGUUGUCAGCCUUGCCAUCUCAAGAGUCUUUCACCGCGAAUAA